AUGAAGACAUUUUCUAGUUCUGCAAUCAACAAAAAGGGCAAGAAAUUUGCCCCCAAGGCGAAGUUCGCCCCUCAGCGCCGACCGCAAGCCGUGACUUCUACAGCUUCAAUACCACCCCCUUCACCGUCGCCUGCUGCACCUGAUAAAGCCCCUAUAGAUUCAGCUGCCAUUGGGAAUAAUGCGCGACCCGUAAUUGAGAACAAUGUCCGACCUGAAGGCACUCGGUCGGUAUCAAUCGCGCCUCCUACACCCAUUCCUACACCCGAGCCAGCAUCCGUCGAAGAAGUUGCUGUUGUGGACACUAUCGAGCAGCCUAGAGUUACAACCUCAAACGAAAAUAUUGCGACAGCGCCAUCUCCUGCUAUUUCCGAGAAAUCAUUUGUCCCUGAAUCUGCUGUCGUCAAUACAAUUGAACAGCCUGAAGUUAUAACCGCUAGUGAACAGAAUUUGACAGCAUCCUCUUCUGUUGCACGCGAACAAGCAUUCAUUCAAGAAUAUGCUGCUGUGGAAAGCAUUGAACAGCCUGAAGUUAUAAACUCACGUGAACGGACUGCGACAGCACGCUCUACCCCCCAGUCGACGUCACAGAAGCGAAAGCGAUCCACUGCAACAGAUUCCAUUCGAGCUACUUCGGCGAAACGAGCUACUCCAGCAAGACGUCCUCGCCCGAAGCGUGAAUCCACACCCGAAGCGUCCGAGGCAGUGGAACUCAUUACCAACGUUAUAAAAAUGUCAGAGCUUUGCAAGGACCCAAAGACUGGCAAGAAAUCCCAACGCGAGAUUGAAUUACGCAAACAUGAAGCCGCCGCACGGGAGCGCAAAAAUAAAAAGGAGGAUCGUCCAGCAUCGAUCAAGCCGGAUAAAGUUGAAAAAACAGAGGAAUCUAAACCAACUGGUCCUCAAAUGCGCAUUGUGAAUGGACAAAUCGUUCUUGACAACACUUCGCUCGAGGUGGACCGUCAUAGGGAUGCUGAUCGUAACAUGGAUGAUCUUGAAGAUGUUGUGGAAACGCAGCUUACACGCAAAGUUAAUCAAGCUACAUAUGGAAAACGAGCUAAGCCAGAGGCUUGGGAUGCAGAGCAAACAUCCUUGUUCUACCGCGGACUCCGCAUGUUCGGUACAGACUUUUCACUUAUCAACAAAUUGUUCCCUGGCCGUACGCGCCGAUCGAUAAAACUCAAGUUUAAUAACGAGGAGCGACGCCACCCUGGUGACAUUAAUGAGGCCCUGAUGGGUCCCCGUGAGGGCAUUACUAAGGAAGAUUUCUCGUUGUUGACCAAUACAACUUAUGAUGAUCCCAAAGAGUUCCAGAAGGAACUUGAUGCCGAAGAGAAGAAGAUUAAAGAGCGAUAUGCUGAAGAAAUGCAAAUUGAGGAGGAUGGUCUGCUCAACAAAUGA